AUGAUUGUUUUAUUAUAUAUCUGCUCAGUACUGUUUGCUUACUUUACAAUUGCUUUUGAACGUCCAAAGCCUGAAGGUAAAUAGUUUGAAUAAAUUUUAGGUUUGUUUAGAUUAUCCCAAGAACGGGAAUUGUGAGCCUGGAUAUUUUGAUUGUGGAUAUAUCAAUUCGACUUACUGUAUCCCUUUCAGCACAGUCCGGGAUUGCAUAUUGGAUUGUGCUAAUGGAAGUGAUGAAGGUGGGACUCAAGAAGUUAUCUCAAAUCGUUUAUAAUUUUGUUUCAUGUAGAAUGUGGAGAAGAUCUCAUUUUAUGUGAUAUGGAAGUAAAGAGGGGCAACUCGAGAUGCGGAAAGUGUGUGAAGGAGCACGAGAUGAACAAGUAUUGCGUGGAUCAUAAAUGUAAGUACCGAUUAGGUGUCUACGUUACACAAUGUCAGGGGAGAAUCUCUGCAAAGAAGAUAACGUCGUUCAAUGCGAAACCACCAAAAAUUGCGUCCACAAAGGUUGGAUCAACGACGGCGAAGAUGAUUGCGGUGAUGGAUCAGAUGAAAGUAAAACAAAUACAAGCUGAACGUAGUAAAUAAACAUCUGUUUUGAAGAUUGCCCUGGCCCUCAAUGCCCCUUCAUCAACGACGAAACCCACAGAGAGGCUUAUACAACGCCAGGAUCAUCGAAUGAAUAUACGCAGAGAUCCGGUAUGUUCGUAUGCAUUAAUUUAGAUAGUCUAGUAAACACAACAUGGCCUGCCGACUGUGCUGACCAUAUCCUUGACAACCCUCUACUAAAUGGGAAUUCUACACGAACUGUUUAUGACAUGAGAUGUCAUGAUCCCGCACAAUGUUCAUUCACGGUGAUGUGUGACUUUGAUUUGUUUGGAGGUGGAUGGACUGUCCUGUUCCAAAGAAAAUUCCCUCCCCAAAUCCGUUUUAAUCGAACAUGGAAAGAAUAUAAAGAGGGAUUUGGAGUAAUGUCAUCAAGCUCCGAGUUUUGGCUAGGAAACGACCGUAUCCAUAGUCUGACGGCCCGUCGUCAUUGUGUAAACGAGCUGAUUGUUUACGCAAAAACAUCGCGGGAAGGGCGGGUCAGGUACACCAAGUAUGAUUCCUUUGUUGUCUGCGAUGAGACGGAGGGAUAUAAAUUAAUUUUAGGCGGGAUGUCAGGCUUUCUACCCUAUUUUGAGAGUAAGACAUGUCUAAUUUACAUGAAAAUAAAUGAACCUGAUUGAUUUUCAGAUAUCGAUGGUCUCCUUUUUUCCCGAGACAAAGCCUUCCAAACUUUCAACACAAAGACAAAAUCCUGUCCUCAAAUAUCUGGAGGAUGGUGGAUGGCUAGCGAUGACUGCAGCAUGGAAAUUCCAACCACAUCUUUCUACGCCUUUGAUAAAAACAAAGGAGUCACGUGGAAUGGAGAAAGAGUAAUCGAAAUCCGGUUUCUGAUAAGGCCUAAGGGAUUCUCAGCCCCAUCAAACGGAAAAACGAAAUAA